AUGCUUUUUGGGAACAUAGGUGUGAUCGAGGAACUGGUGCUUUACCCACCUGAAGGCAACGAUUGUCCAAGCAAGGUCUGCUAUAUAAGGUACGCAGAUGCGAUUAAUGCAGAAGUUGCACUGCAUUUGCAUAACACCAUGUUUCUUGAUCGGGCUUUGAUAGUUCUUCCUGUCGUAGAUGGCAAAAAUGCCAUCCCGGAUGAGAAAUAUGCAAAUCUUGUUCGUGCUCCCCUCCACACCUCUGCCGGUAUUCACCCCCGUUCAGCCUCCUGGCCCCUUGACGUCGUCAGCAUGGUUGUUGGACGUCCUGGUGAGCAAGUUAUUCAGACAAUUGACCCUCGUCUUGCCUCCCUGGGCUUUCCUGUGUAUCCUCCACUUCCUGCUGCGACAGACUGUAAUCGGAUCGAGGAGAUUCGUCGCACUGUUCUUGUAACCAAUCUUGACCCUAAGACCACUGGAGAACAAGUGCUUGAGUAUUUUAACGCGCAUGCUGAGGUAAAGUGCGUUCGCAUGGCUGGCACUAACGGCGAAAGAGCGGCGUACGUUGAAUUCACCGAACAACCAUCUGUCGUCAAAGCCUUUGGCCUCAUGGGUGGGACGAUUGGCGAUCGACAGAUUAUGAUCCAACAUUCCAAUUGCGCGAUUAUCAAACCGACAAGCGCCUUGCCUGGUUUGGAUGACACAGUCAAGAGAACCUCCCCUCCGCGUAAUCCCCAGCUUAGUUCAUGCAGCUUACAUUUGUCCAUUUCGGAGCCGUCAGUUUAUAUCAUUCGUGAUUUUCCUGUCACCAAAAAAAUAAUGCUUUCCAAUUUUGUCGUAGCGAGGGCACGAAGUCGCUCGCGCUCCAAAUCGCGGGACAAUCGUUCGCGCUCAAAAAGCCACCACCGUCGAUCUCGCAGUCGCCGACGGGGCCGUUCGCGCUCGCGCUCCCACCGCCGUUACUCGCCGUCGCGUAGCCGGGACAGGCGCCGUAGUGGUCGGGACCGGUCAAGGUCCUGGGGUCGACGCCGUUCUCGCCGCUCGCGCUCGCCCUCCGAUCGUCGCGGCAGUCGGCGCAGUCGUUCACGCGACCGCCGUCGUCGUGAACGCGAGCGUCGUGAUCGAAGCCGCGAGCGUCGUGACCGGGAGCGUUCGCGGGAGAAGGCGGCGCGUCGCAGUCGCCGUAGCCGCUCCCGCGACCGUCGCUCGCGCUCCCACGAAAAGCAUCGCGCCUCCUCCCGUCGACGCGGCUCAGCUGAAAGACGCGACAAGCGCGAGCGCAAAAAGUCGCCAAGCAGUCCCCGGGCAGCCAAAAAAUCCGACGAGCGAAGCCACAACAGCGGCAGCAGCCCCGAGAACUUGGCCCCUGAGAAUGGCUGCAAAGCCGUGAAGGGCGGUGAUUUGGAGCAGAACGAGAAAAAGGGCACAAAAAGCGACGAGUCCAAGCCGGAGACAAUUCCCCCUCCAUGCACGGAGUCGUCGAACGGGGAGGCUGUAAAAGUUGACGAAUCUCCCGUUUCAAAGAAGCCAUUGGGGGUGAAACUAGCUGGUCCUGAGGAUGACAUGGAUGUUGUUCCUGCUCCUCAAGAAUAA